CGCUAAAGCCUCCGCUUGUCUUCUCCUCUUCUCUCGCUCACCCGCCAAAUUUUCCCGCGCUCCGAUGAUCCAUCACCGAUCAACACGCAUCCAAGUCCUCCGAUGGAAUCGGAAACUUUCGUCGUCGACCGAUUCCAACCCCCCAGAUCCAAAUUAAACUCUUGCUCUCUCUCAUUUCCCCCAAUUUCAUGACCAUCCUCCCAAAAUCAGGAUAUCUAGGGAUCGAGAAAGGAAAAAGGCGAUGUCUUGGUUCAAGAGCACCGUCAACAGGGCGGUGGUUGCCGGAGGCCGUAGCCCUAUCGGACGUAGUGUCAAGAGUUACGCUGGCACUGUUCUCCAUCACGCUGGCCAGGCUGUCGCCGGCGGAGCCAGGAUUCUAAACGAUCGCAUUGGUACUCGGAACUAUAAAAACUUUGAAUACACAGCACAAAAGUUGGAAGAGGUAGUGAUUUCUUGUAGGGGGGGAGAGAGAGUUCAACUGUUAAGGCAAUUGUUGGUUUCACUGAAAGGAGUUGAAAGCAUACAUGGAAAUUCGGAGAAAGCAACAAUUCUAGAACGGUCCGAAUCUCUUGAACCGAAAAAGACUCUCCUGGUAUUAUUUUCUGAAUCUGAUCUCGAAGGUGAUUCCAUGAACUUCCGUGAUGUAUUUCUUCAAAGUCAAGCACUUGAAGGCUUAACUUUGUCCAUGUUCAUGGGACAGGUACGGGAAUGUGGUACGCCACUCAUUAGGAAUCAUGUACGUCGGGGUAGGCUUAUAUGGUACGCUAGGGAACAUGGUACGUUUUAG